CCCAAGAACAAGCUCAUCUGAAAGAUUAGCUGUACCUUUAAGCUAACGUUAGCUAGCUGUCAUUAACCCCCACUUUGGGGCUUUGAUUAGCCGGUCGUUUACUAAGCCCUGUUAAGGUAAACAUUGCUGGCCAAACAUGCAGAAAUAUGAAAAGCUUGAAAAAAUUGGAGAAGGAACCUAUGGGACAGUUUUCAAGGCUAAAAACAGGGAAACCCACGAAAUUGUAGCUUUGAAAAGGGUUCGAUUGGACGAUGACGAUGAGGGGGUGCCAAGUUCUGCUCUGAGAGAAAUCUGCCUUCUGAAGGAACUCAAGCAUAAAAAUAUUGUCAGACUACAUGAUGUUUUACACAGCGACAAGAAACUAACCCUGGUUUUUGAAUACUGUGAUCAGGAUUUGAAGAAGUAUUUUGACAGCUGCAAUGGAGAUCUAGAUCCUGAAACUGUGAAGUCAUUCAUGUACCAGCUGUUGAAAGGACUUGCAUUCUGUCACAGUCGAAAUGUCCUUCAUAGAGAUCUAAAGCCACAGAAUCUCCUCAUCAAUAGAAAUGGAGAGUUGAAGCUGGCUGACUUUGGCUUGGCUCGUGCCUUUGGCAUCCCUGUGAGGUGUUACUCAGCAGAGGUGGUGACAUUGUGGUACAGGCCUCCAGAUGUGCUAUUUGGUGCUAAACUUUAUUCUACCUCAAUUGACAUGUGGUCGGCUGGAUGCAUAUUUGCAGAGCUGGCCAAUGCUGGAAGACCUUUAUUCCCUGGGAAUGAUGUGGAUGACCAGUUGAAAAGAAUCUUCAGGUUGUUGGGUACUCCAACUGAGGAACAGUGGCAGACAAUGACAAAGCUCCCUGAUUACAAGCCAUAUCCCAUGUAUCCAGCCACCACCUCACUGGUGAAUGUGGUCCCUAAAUUAAGUAGCACAGGACGGGAUCUACUUCAGAACCUGUUGAAAUGUAACCCUGUCCAGAGGAUCUCUGCGGAGGAGGCCUUGCAGCACCCAUACUUUGCUGAUUUCUGCCCACCAUAAAUGCUAAAUUGCAUUUCCCUGAACCUCAGCUGCCAGAAUCAUCAAUCAUCCUCCACAGUGUAGGGCCAUUAGGACCAGUCUCAACAAGGCAAACCCCCUCACCAGUUUCAAAACACUCGCCUGCAUUUCAUCGUGUCGUGCCUCUCUAUGUGGAAGAACAUCUUUGUGGUUCCGCCACAUUUUUUUUCUUCAGUUGCAUGCCUGCUUCAUAGUUUUUGUACAUUACUACACUUGGUUAAGAGAACUAAUGUGAAAGAAUGGGCUCAGCUUUUUCACAGGAUUUUUAUACAGGUGAAAAUAACAUGUAAGUAUGACCCCACUGACUCCACAAUAAUGAAUUAACAGUGUUCAUAUCUUUUUAUUAUUAUUAUUCUUUCUUUUAAAAAUAGCUAAUUGGGGUCAACUAAUUAGUUGAAUCCUUAAAAAAAAUGCAAGUGCUGGGACAUACCAAAUAAAUGAGCCACUUGGUUCAGAUUAGGAUUUUCUUCUCCAGCGUCACGUUUUAACAUUUUGCUAAUUUGCUACCACAGAUCAGAGUGUUAUAAUGCUACACUCACUCUUUAAAAAUCAAAGUGAUCUGUCCAGUUUAGCAAUGUUAGCAAAAGAUUACGUAAAAAUGUUUUUAAAAAUCUGUCAUAUGUCCCACUACACAGUACAUAUUGUAUGAUACCAUGGGAAUUUAAUUUAUAAUAUUUGUGCACUUUCAAAUGAGUUUUAUUUUAAAAAAAUGUAGCUAAUGUUUUUCAUUAUGUUAAACACUGACGGGAUGAUAGCUGGUUGUCAAUAAAUGGGCCAAAAUGUUGUGACAAGUGGACCUUUCAUGACAGUUUUAGCAUACAACAUCAAUUAUUCUUUCUCAUGCUUUUGUAGUAGUUUUGUUGAAUUUUUUUUUUAAAAAAAUGAGAUUUUCAUAGUUCAUUUGCACCAUCUCGAUUACUAUUUACUUUUGUUACCAACUGCUUGUAAUUUCUGCAGCGUUGUUUAUUAGUAUAGAUUAAUUGCACUGUUUUCCCAUAAAUGCCUGUGUGAACCAGU